GCCCGUUUGUUUACAAGCUAGCUGACACAGCACAAAAACGCCUCCCCCAACUGCGCAUGCGCAUAAUGAAUGAAGGCGUACGACGACGACGACGUGGCCGAGAGUACGUGUUGACCAGCUGAUGUUCUCCACUUUUCUCUUGAAGGACAAGUAUUAAAGAUAUCAGUCUUAAAUUAUAUUUGUGAUAGACAUGGUCUUACUAGCGGCAGCCGUGUGCACGAAGCAGGGCAAAGCUCUCCUGUCGCGUCAGUUUGUGGAGAUGACGAGGGCGAGAGUGGAGGGGCUCCUGGGAGCCUUCCCCAAGCUGAUAGGCUCGGGGAAGCAGCACACGUUUGUGGAGACGGAGAGUGUCCGCUACGUCUACCAGCCUCUGGAGAGACUGUACAUGUUGCUGGUGACCACCAAGACCUCCAACAUCCUGGAGGACCUCGAGACACUGCGUCUCUUCUCUAGAGUGGUCCGUCUCUUAUUAUUAUUGUUUGCUCCUUCCCCCAGUACUCCCAAUGUCUCUAGAGUGAUCCCAGAAUACUGCCAGAGACUAGACGAACAGGAUGUAUUGGACAAUGCCUUUGACCUCAUCUUUGCCUUUGAUGAGAUCGUUGCCCUGGGAUACCGAGAGAAUGUGAACCUGGCCCAGAUACGGACCUUCACGGAGAUGGACAGUCACGAGGAGAAGGUCUAUGAGGCCAUGAGGAAGUCCCAGGAGAAGGAGGCUAGGGAUGAGAUGAAGAGGAGAGCCAAGGAGCUCCAGAUGGCCAAGAAAGAGGCCACCAAGAGAGGAGGCAGGGGACACGGCUACAACGUUGGAGGAGGGUUUUGGUUCUGCUGACUACAACCCCGGGCCCUCUGUGGACAUGUCAGCCUCUCACCAGUCCAGCAAACCUGCAUAUAACCCUCCCAGUCGUCCGCAGAGGGCUGGAGGAGGGAGUGCUCUCAAGCUGAAGAAGAAGGACAAGGACGUGGACAUGUUUGUGGACAAGUUGGUGCAGGAGGGGGAGAGGGUGACCAGUGUUACUGCCCCGCGACAGCCCUCCAUGACUGCCAAGACCACCACCUCCACUCCUCAUGCCAGUGUCCAUCUGAAGGUGACGGAGAGACUGAGUCUGGUGGCUGGGAGGGAGGGAGGACUCCAGUCCAUGGAGAUACUGGGGAUGAUCAUGCUGAGGAUCACAGACCAGGAAUUCAGCAAAAUCAGAGUUCUGAUGGAUAACAAGGACCAGAGAGGGCUACAGUUUCAGGGAUGCCAAACAGAGGACUGGUGAACGUGUUUCUGUGUCACUGGCAACUGGCAAAGGACUCUUUCGAGAGUGCACUCCAAUUGGAGCCCACCAACACGACUCUGAAGAACAACAUUGCUGUGUGUACCUUCUACCAGGGAUACCUCAAGGAGUGUAUCAGAGAGUUGGAGGGAGUGGUGAGAUGGAGUCCUCCCUCCUCCCUCCAGCCUGCCCUCCUCACCAACCUCACGGCGACCUACGACCUCGAAUCUAGCUCCGCCCACUCCAAGAAACUCUCCUUCCUCCCUCUCUUGGGACAACAUGUGGGGGAGGGGUUUCCCCUCUCCUCUCUCGGUCUUAGAUGAGACUGGACAUGAAUUAGUGUAGUGUGUUUGUUUGAGCAUGUGCAGAUCAUUCGCAUAAUGUUGAUUCUGUCAGACUCAUGUUUACGAACGCUCUUGUUCUUAGAUGAUAACAAGACAGACACGUUAGGGCAGCUACAUAUUAACCAAGUCUGAUUCUGUGACUCUUGAAUAGUGUGUCCUUUUCAUUGAUCACUCAUCCGUCGACCUUUUCUUGGAUUUGAAGGUUCUGCCUCCAUUUUUCGUUUCAUUCCUGUCUUAGCUUGUGGUGGGAAACCUGUGUCCAUUGGAGGGACAGUCUCAUUUACUUCCAAUUGUUCUGGCCUCGAGACC